AUGGCAUCAGAAGAAACUGAUAUCAAACUUUUCACAAGGUUAGGACAACUACCAGAUGAUGUUAUUGCCUUAAUCAUUAGCUAUGUCCCUAAAUGUCAAUUACAACCAUUGUUAGGUUUCAGUCCCACAAAAAAGGCAGUGGUUAAAUCCUAUUUGGCAAAUGUCAAAAUUACUGAAUGUCAAGAUCUUAUUAUUUCGGGAACAUGUAAUCAAUCUGAACAUUGUGAUUGUCAAGAUAAGCCAGCUGCUGUGUCUUUGAAAAAUCUUCGAUUGCUUGUGAAGCAAUGGAAUCUUUAUCCCAAAACGCUUUAUUUUUCAAGUUUCAAAGAAUUAGGUGCUAUGCUUGAUGUUUUCCCAGAAGUUGUAAUUAAUGCUGAAGGUAUUAAUGGGGUAUUUGAUAAAGAAGGUUCUGGGAAUCGAGUACAAAAUAUAAAGCAACUCACACGGUAUGACCUUAAAUAUGAUCGUUUAGAAUUAAAAGAUUUUGAAGAUACAUUUCUCGUGGCCAAAAGCAGUUUACCUGGUAAUGUCAAGACGCUUAUUCUUAAUAAUACCCGACUUGAAACUUUAUCUUUCACUGGGUUGAAGAAAUUGAAGGCUGAAAUACCUGGUGCCUCUGGUGCUACUAAAGAAAUUACUUUUCCAAUUGGAUUGCGACUGUUAAUCUUGACUGUGUUAGGAGAGCGCCACUUGAAUAUACCUUCAAACUUAGUUCGUUUACACCUUCAUGUGGGAAGAACAAAGUUGAGUUUAUCAAGUGGUAUCAUGGUCAAUUUGAAGGAUCUUCUGAUUUCAUGGAAUAAGUUACGAUCAUUUGCUGAAACUGGGAUAAUUGCACCCAAUUUGGAAUCAUUGAAUAUAGUCGAUUGUUAUUACUUAAUGGAUUACACAACAUUAAAGCUGUCAUGGAAAUUACAAUCUUUCACGAUAAUAAAUUCUCCUUAUCCAAUUGGGUUGUUUGAUGAGACUAGUUUCCCUCAUCUUGUGGAUUUUUCGUAUAAGGAAGUGAAUGCUAAAAACUAUCAUAAAGUAUGGAGUGUUUCAUUUAACAGAAUUCACGAAAGUUUUAACCUGCAAUUAUUUUUUCCUCCAAACUUGAAAAAUUUGACUUUAUAUGGUGGAGAGUUUGCUAAAUCUAUUGGAUUUGUGUUCAUGUUGCCUCCUUUAUUGGAAAAGUUACACAUUCAUAAUUUCCGACUUAAAUUCCCAAUUACUAAAUUUCCGCAACAUUUACAAGAAAUUAUUUUAAAAGUUCCAGCAGUUUAUAUUCUCAAUCAAUUAAGAAUUCCUCCGCAAGCCAAAACUGUCGUUAUUGAAGCUAAGAAAAUUGUUUUCAGAUGUAUGGAUUUUUUUUAUGAUUUACCAGAAGGCCUUGAAAAGCUUACUUUACAUGCUAUUAAUCAAGGUAAAAUAUUACCCUUCCCAAGAAGGAUCAAAUGGCCAUCAUCAAUGAAAUCAUUAACGUUGAAACGUUUCAAUAUUGAUUAUAAAAGGUUUAGAAAAUUGAAUUUACAAGAGUCUAACCUCGAGCUUAUUGAUAUUUAUAAGGGCCGAAUUUGGGAAUUAAGUGCUGAUGCACUCCCUGUUAGUGUUGUCCAAUUGAAGUUAAUUAGAAUGGGGAUUGAAACAUUGCCUGAGUCAUUUGAAAAAUUUGAAAAUUUGAAAUGUUUAGAUUUAAGCAGAAAUCCUUUGAAGAGGUUAAGAUCUGUUAGAUUGCCCUUACCAUCUUUCAAACAGUUAAUUGUGAAUCGAUGCGACCUUCAUUUGAUAUCACCAUUUUUGACUUCAAUGUUAGAGAAAGAAAAUCGAAAAGCCGAAUUCGCUAUCAUGGCAACAAAUAAUUGGUAUUUGAAUACAUAUGAUGUAUUGAAAAUGAUGAAAAAAUUGAAACAUUUCACUAUUUACCUUAGUACAUUUAAUGAAAAAUUUGCCAAGCUGCACAAGCAUUCCAGGCGUAUUGCUUAUGAAAUUAAACAUACGGCUGAAAAUUCAGAAGAGACUGAGUUUUCUGGUGCAGGAGAAUAUGCUGAUGAAGAGCUUUAUUGUGAGUAUGAUGAUUUCGAUGAUUUCGAUGAUGAUGAUGAUGAUGAUGACAAUAAGGGGGCUAUGAUAAGGAGGCAAUUGAAUGAUUGUUGGAAGGUCAAUGACUCAGGUGAUGAAAUAACUCAUCUGGAUAACCCGGACAACUUAUACGGCAUGGACGAUAAAAAGGAGGGUGACGAUGAUGAAGAUGAUGAUUAUGACGGGGAUUAUGAAGAUGAAGUAAUGGAGUGA